AUGAAGGUUCUCUUGCUCGGCGUCACUGGCAACGUUGGCUCCCGGCUGCUGCCCGCCCUCAUCGCCCACAACCACAAAGUCGUUGCUUUCGUGCGCUCGCCCUCUAAGCUCUCUGCCGAAGUCAAAUCGAAUCUCGAUGCCAUUGUUGUCGGAUCUGCCACCGACAGCGCCGCCAUCAAAGCCGCCAUCCUCGACAACAAUUGCGACGCCGUCAUCAAUGCGGCAGGGUUAGCUGCUAAGACGCCGUUCCACUCGGCGGGAGAUUUCCCAGCCAUCUUUGCGGCCGUUGUCAAGGCCGCUGUGGAUGCAGGGCACGAGCGCGGAAAGGCGCCUAUCAGAUGCUGGCUUAUGAGUGGCUUUGGUAUACUGGACGCUCCAAAGAAGCCUUAUUCAUUCACUGACUAUAUCCCUCUCUUCCCAACCCACAAGCCAAACUAUCAACUCAUCAAACCAUAUACCGCCGACGAACUUGCCUGGUCACUAUACUGCGCAAACGAACUGAUCCCCAAAUACGACAAGCCGCAAUAUCCUGCCCCGGCAGAUUGUACUGUCGAUAAUCUCGUGAUACAAGCUGACUCUCCGCCACUAUGGAGUAAGAAGUUUGUCAAGAUUCCGCUUAUCGGCGGGUACUUGAAUCUCAUGACGCAGGCGCAGGACUAUUUUGCGACGCUGGAAAACAUUGUGGAUGUUAUAGCUAGUGAUCUGGAGAAGGGUCUUGAUAGUGAAUAUGUUGGGAAGAGAGUGGGUGUCAAGGAGAAGACUAUUAUUGCUUCCGGGCUGCAGGGACAAGCGGGGCUAGUCGAUGUGAAAGAAGAAGAAGAAGAGGAGGAGGAAGACCAAGAGGAAAAGACCUCGUCCGAUAUGAUUGAAAGUCAGGCUAAACUUUCCAAUCAAUUUGCGAACCUUGUCAUCAACUCUAAUGGGUCUUCUAAUUUCAUUGGGUCGGCCUCUGGCUUUUCACUUUUCUCGCCUCAUGGCGUCCGGUGGAUCUCACAGAAGGUGGGCGACAAGGAUGAGCUAGCUCCGCUCUAUCGUACCAUCUCGAAACGUGACUACAAGUCUUGGGGUCACGGCAGUAUCAAUCUCUGGGCUCCCAAGCCACGGUCCGAACACACACCUUUACCAACGAAGGAGGUCGCACUAGAAUAUGUUAAUUGCUAUUUUACAAUUUUCAACAGUGUCUACCCGGUCAUGAAUCGGAAUGUAUUCGACUCCUACUUUGAACGGCAAUAUUCAACAAACCCUCCUGAAAGCAAUGCUUGGUACGCAUUGUUUAACGCUGUAUUGUGUCUGGGUAGUAUUAGGACGACAGCCGAGCGAGAGCGGCACGUAAGGAGUAGCCGUCUCAUCGAUUACACGUCAACUGCGCACGAGACUGGUGUUGGAUACUUUCGCAACGCAAGCUGUUGUUUUCACGACCUAUUGUUUAGUGAAGCUACUCUCAUGGCAAUGCAAGCCAUAACUCUCAUGAUGUUCAUCACAACCUCAAGUCCAAACCCCCAAAUUGCUUACACCCUACGGUCCGCAGGUGGAAAUAUAGUAUACACCUUAGGCCUUCAUCGGAGUCUGGAUGGGAUUGGUCUCGCCCCAGAGGAAAUUGAGCAGCGUCGCAAUGUCUUCUGGGUGUUUUAUAUGCUCGAAAAAGCAAUAGGCCACAAUUUAGGCCGCCCAUCGGUCAUCAGUGACGAUGAUAUCGCCGUCGAAUUACCACCCAAGAAGCCUGGGAUUUUACUGUCACCCAGCGGAGCAGGGGUCUAUGAUAUUUUCCAGGACUCAAUUACGCUAGCUAUUAUCGGGAGUCGCAUAUACACUGAGUUAUACACGGCCAGUUCGCAAACUAAGUCUCAGGAGCAUCGUAUAAAGGUACUGGGCAAAUUGGACAAUCAUCUUCAGCGUUGGCGAGAUGCGAUCCCGAUUGAUAUUCGACCAGAGCAUCCGAUAAAUUGCUCGGAUGAGCAGUGGGCGCUUUACUAUCCGCUCAGUGCAAGUCUAGUUCUCUUUACAAACAUCCUUUCGAAUCCACAAGACCAGCAUGCGGCUUCCGAUGUCCAGUUAUUGAACCUUGUUAGUGCGUUCAUCAACCACUCUGUCCAGCCAGGGACAUCGUUCGCAGACACCCCGACAUUGAACAUGUUCAAAGAGCUUUAUGCUAUUGCCACACGUUUCGUGGCCAGGGCUCCUCCAAGGUCUAGUCAGAAGACGAAGAGGCCGUCUGAGACUAACGAUCUUACCGCACCAUCAGAUUAUUUCUCGUCAAGAGGAGAACCAAUGUUGAAUGUGUCUUCAUACGCCGAGUCCAAUAUUCAUACCAUAACAUCGUUCGCGCCAUUCGAAUCCACACAAUCGUACGCCGACAUAGCCAACAACACUGCAGCAUGGCCCUCUUCAGAUACACACAACAUCCAAACAGACCAAGCUACGCGGAAUACUACCACAAGUCCACAAUACUCGCAACCGGAAUCAUCCAACAAAAGCUCCCCGCUCGAAUUGGCGCCAUUCAUAAUACCUCCCGAGCAGCCGAGUCUCAUCGACUUUGAUCCAACAAUGUCGUAUGACACGUUUAUUGAGCCUGCCAAUUUUGAUUGGGAUGCGCCUAAUAUGUGGAUGUCUUCCGGUUUAACGGCUGAUCCUUGGGGUUCCGAGGACUUGAUGGGGUUGUCGUUGCAGGGUGGUGAUGAUGGCGUUAAUCAAGGGUCCGGUUACUUCAAUUAA